CAUUAGGUGAAGAAAUAGUCCUCUGGGAAAGCAAGAGAAAGUAAGAGAAGAGGAGAGGGUUACGAAGAAGAAGAACAGAACCUUCCAAUAUAUUCUUAUUAUUUUUCCCAACCGAUCAAACCCAUUGAAGGAACAUCUUCUUCUGCUCUUCUCGGCUUCUUGAUUUUUGUCAGCUUGCGUUCUUAGAGAGAGAAAGUUAGAGAGAGAAAGAAAGUACAUUUGUGAGAAUGGAAGAAGAGGGUUAUCUGAAAAAAGGGUUAACUUCUUCACCAUCAUGGGCUUCUUGUUUGUCACCUUUAGCUCAGCCAUUUACCGUGAACCGUUCUCUUGUUGGUCAACCUUCUGCCUUGAAUUCGUUGACCAGCUUAAACCACAAACCUUUUACCCCUUGUCCAAGCAACCAUCUUGACCCAUUUGAUGAUUCCCUUUUGCCCAAUUCACUUUCUAAUCUCACUUUGAGUGAUCAAAUUUUGCCUGUGUCAGCCCCAACUUAUCCUUCUUAUUCUGCCCAUCAAUCUGAUUCUGUUAUUUUGGCAUCAAGCCCGGCCUUCCCUUUUGAUGAUCCCUCCGAGUUGGGUGCCGAGUCUUCAUUUUCGCAGUACCCAUUAGGGGAAUUCCAUGGAUUUUUUGAUUCUUCACCUGUGCCUGAUGAGACUAAGUUUGAUCCUUUGGCCUUUAAUAAGUCCUCUGUGUCCACUUACACCCAAUGCUCAAGUUAUGGGGGCGGGGGAAGGACGGCGGAUGGGAAAUACUUUGUUGGCUCGAGCAAAGUGGGAUCUUUGGCUGGUGAAGGCUUGCUUAAACAAGCAUCAGAUGUGCUAUCUUUGUCAAUGCUCCAAAAUAUCCCUCAAGACCCCAUGCUUGGAUCAUCGGCCAAUGGCACAGAUUUCACAACAUCUAGUUGCAUUUUGCCGAAGAAUGUGGAUCUUCCAGGCAAUUCUGUAGCCAGCAAUAAUAAGAGUUCUUCUGGUAGGAUUAUAUCAGGAAAUAGAGAUAUUCAUGGCCUGCCGAAUGCUUACAGCAACGAGGGUCACCAAGAUAAAGGCCUAGGGGACGAAGGCAUGGAAAUAAAGAAUGCCAAAUCUGUCCCUUGUAAGGCUUUGGAUCCUGUAGUAAUAGCCAAAUCUGAAGUGCGAUUUGCUAUUAAUGAUAUUUUUGAUGGUUCAGUCAUGGAACGUGUUGGCACCUUGGCAGCUAUUUCCACAAAAGGUUCUUCCAAAUUGUUGGAUGAGGAUGAGUCCGACUUGGAUUCACCCUGUUGGAAAGGAAUCCAGAAUUCUACUAAAUCUCCCAACAUAGUUGCAGAGUCUUCAAGCACACACUCUAUUCGAAAUGAAUCAGAGGCAGGUACCAGUUUGAAUCCUCGGGCACCCCAAUUUUUUCCUUCUCACUCCAAAGGAAGCAUAGAUUACUUGCAGAAUAAUACUGUUGGAGGUGUUCCAUAUUUUGGCAAGGGUGAAUGUUCGGCUUUUGAUUUAUCAUACAAAGAGACACCAAUUGUAGAUUCCUAUAAAGCUGGAUUGGAGACUCGUGGGUCGACCAAUGCGGUUGGCUAUCAAUAUUCUAAUGGUGUGAAUGAACCUGGAAAAGAAUCUGCCAUGCUUAAAGACUCAAAAAGUAGUUCUGCACUCAGUCCGCCUCAGAUGAUUAAACCUUAUCUUGUCGAUGGAUUCUUUACCUCAAAAGAGGUGUCAGUAAAAGGGGUGGAUUUUGAAGGCUUUGCGGACGGAAUCAUGGAUGCUGCAAAUAAGAAUCCAAGAAAUCUGUCUGCCCUUGCAGCAGAGUACGUUCCACAUUUAUCGUCUUCUGGAGUUGGUGCUCUCAGUGAUUGUAGUGAACUACUUCAGUGUCUAACCGAGUCUCUGUCUAAAUGUCCAAAAACAAAUGUCGCCGUUACGGUUAAUGCAAUACGUUGUCUGUCAGAUUUGCUUGUUGAAAACUGUUCAAAUGAUUUAGAUUCAUUGAAUGAGCACGAACAUGAAAUGAUUCGUCAUAUAAUCAAUAACCUUUAUGCGCUUAUCAAACAUAGGGUUGGAGAAGAGACUCCAAUUCUUGAUUUACUUCAUACAGGCAGUCUGGACUAUCGUGAUAAGUCAACGGCGACCUAUGAGCAAUCAAACAUGGAGUUCCAAGUUAUUCCAAGGACAAAAGAUCUGGUUGUUCGUCAGGAGCUUGAUAGUCGGAGUGACCAUGCCUGGCGAAAGAGUUAUUCUCAUGCGGCCACCAGGAAAAUGAAGGAUCUUGUUCCUUCGCCUAAAGACGUAGGCUGUUCUGAGAGGGGCAAUAGCAUUGUUCCGGUUCUUAGGAAUGCUCUGAAAGAAAAUCAAUGGAUUGAUGAAGAGAUACACCCACAAGUUUUCUUAAAUUUAUGGCUGGAAGCUGAAGGAGCUUUGUGCUCCAUGAAAUAUGAGAACUACAUUUUGCGAAUGAAAUUACAGAUGGAAGGGUGUCAAGCUGAGCAAAGAUAAGGUGUUACGUAAUCUUUUUCUAUCUAGGAAGCUUUACAAGUCUUAAUGGUUCUCCUGAGAUUUGGCAUGGGCUGUUGUUAUAAAUGAAGCUGCAGCUUGUUCAUACCGUUAUGUUAGGACGUGAAGUCAUCUGUACAUAGAAGUUACGAUGAAGUACGUAUGUGAAAGAAGUCUGCAUUCAAUAGCAUAUUCUCUUUCAGUUAAUUCAUCGGGCGAAAAGGUUUUUCGGGAUCAUGGAAAUUUAAAAACCUCUUGGACAAUUUUUUGGGAGAGAGGAUGAAUGACUAACUACAAUGUUGCAGUUGAAUAUGAGCUGCACAAUCAGAGUUUCUUUGGUGCAGCGAUCUACGCUGCGUGUUAGUUAAGUUCGUCAAGUAGAGCAGUUGAAAGUAACACAUUUUAAAGAGUGGUUUGGAGGUCAGCUACCGCAGGGUAUAAUAAUAGCGUCGAUCAAAAUGGAGGCAUGGGGUACUGCAAAGCGUUCUGUAAGAUUCUAAACUGGCAAAAUGAAUAUGAUGCUUUAAGGUUUUGUUUUAUGUGAGGCAUCUUCUCUCAUGUUUUUGGUCAUUUCAGACGAAUUAUCUGAUGUUCUCAGUUUGAUGCCUUUUGCUUUUAUAUGUCCCGUGAAUUAUACAGUAAAGGAGAUUCUAUCACUGUGAUCUUAUGUUGUAUAUGGUUAACGAA